UGCUGGGGAGCAAGCGCGGCCUGAUGUCAUGGCGGCCGCAGUACCGCAGCUCCAAGUUCCGGAAUGUUUACGGGAAGGCGGCGAGCCGGGAGCACUGCUUCGACGGAAUUCCCAUCACCAAGAACGUCCACGACAACCAUUUCUGCGCCGUCAACGCGCGCUACCUGGCCAUCGUCACCGAGAGCCAUCUUGCUGGAGGAGCUUCCUUCCUCAUCAUCCAGCUGGAGCAGACCGGCCGGAUCGAGCCGAACUAUCCCAAAGUUUGUGGCCACCAGGGAAACGUGCUGGACAUCAAGUGGAACCCCUUCAUUGAGAACAUCAUCGCCUCCUGCUCCGAGGACACCUCGGUGCGGAUCUGGGAGAUUCCGGAGGGCGGGCUGAAGCGGAACAUGACGGAGGCGGUGCUGGAGCUGUACGGGCACAGCCGCCGCGUCGGGCUCGUGGAGUGGCACCCGACCACCAACAACAUCCUCUUCAGCGCCGGAUACGACUACAAGGUGCUGAUCUGGAACCUGGACAUCGGCGAGCCGGUGAAGAUGAUCGACUGCCACACGGACGUGAUCCUGUGCCUGUCCUUCAACACGGACGGCAGCCUGCUGGCCACCACCUGCAAGGACAAGAAAUUGCGUGUGGUGGAGCCGCGCUCCGGCAGGGUCCUGCAGGAGGCCAGCUGCAAAAACCACCGCGUCAACCGCGUGGUUUUCCUGGGAAGCACCAAACGGCUCCUGACCACGGGAGUGUCCCGCUGGAACACCCGGCAGAUCGCCCUCUGGGACCAGGAGGAUUUAUCCAUGCCCCUGAUCGAGGAGGAGAUCGAUGGGCUCUCGGGGCUCCUCUUCCCCUUCUACGACGCCGACACCCACAUGCUGUACCUGGCUGGGAAGGGCGACGGCAACAUCCGGUACUACGAGAUCGGCUCGGAAAAGCCCUACCUGAGCUAUCUCAUGGAAUUCCGCUCCCCGGCUCCGCAGAAAGGGCUGGGGGUGAUGCCGAAGCACGGCCUGGACGUCUCCGCCUGUGAAGUUUUCCGGUUCUACAAACUCAUCACCCUCAAGGGGCUCAUCGAGCCCAUCUCCAUGAUCGUCCCGAGGAGGUCGGAGACGUACCAGGAGGACAUUUAUCCCAUGACUCCGGGCACGGAGCCGGCCCUGACCCCGGACGAGUGGCUCAGCGGGGUCAACAGAGAUCCCAUCCUGAUGUCACUGAAGGAGGGAUACAAGAGGAAUUCCAAGAUCGUUUUCAAGGCGCCGGUGAGGGAGAAGAAGAGCGUGGUGGUCAACGGGAUCGACCUCCUGGAAAACGUCCCGCCCCGCACGGAGAACGAGCUGCUCCGGAUGUUCUUCCGGCAGCAGGACGAGAUCCGGCGGCUGAAGGACGAGCUCUCGCAGAAGGACAUUCGGAUCCGGCAGCUGCAGCUGGAAUUAAAGAACUUCCGGAACAGCCCCAAGAACAAUUGACUCCAGGGACGUUUUCUAAAGAAAUUCCUUUGUUUCUACUCCCGAAUUCCUUGGAUCCACUCACCCAGAACACAAUUCCGGAAUCCGCGGCUGCCGAGAGCCUGGAAUCACGUCCUGUGCGUCUUGUCCGGCACUAAUCCCGCUCUAACCUGAUUCCUGGGAAAGCCUGGAGGCUCCCACUAAGUCGGAGCCGUGUCCUGUCCGUCGGGAUGAGCCAGCCCGGGGCGGAUUCCCGGGAAAGCGCC